AUCAACCAGGCCAUUCUCACUAACCAUACCUACAAACACUUCAUAAAUAACACCAGAUUCGAAUAUGAAGCUCCUAGACAUCCACUCGUUGGAUGCCGAGAACAAAAUCAGACUCUCUGAGGUAACCUCUCUCAUAUCUAAGGCCAGAAAAUGUGUGGUGCUAACCGGGGCUGGGAUCUCGUGCAACGCCGGUAUUCCCGAUUUCCGCUCUACCGAUGGGUUGUAUAACAUGGUCAAAGAGAAGCACCCCAAGGCGGUUGUUCGAGGGAAAGAUUUGUUUGACAUUUCGCUCUUCCGCAACCAGCAAACGGUCUCUAUUUUUAACACCUUUAUGGAAUCCUUGUAUUCUUCUACGUUAAAAGCCAGACCCACCGAUACCCACCGCUUCAUCAAGGUGUUGAAGCAGAAGAAGAAGUUGCUCAGGUGCUAUACCCAGAACAUUGAUGGGUUGGAAAACUACUUGAACCUCAAUACCGGAAUCCCCGAGGAUUCCACAGCUGCUAAUUGGAAGAAAAUGGACGUUGUACAGUUGCACGGUGAUUUGAUGAAAUUGUCAUGUACGAACUGCUUCAAUAUCCACAGCUGGGACGAGGUGUCUGUAGCGGCCGAGACUCAGGGUGCCACCUUCAGAGAGCUUUUGUCUGACGGACGUUCACCUGAAUGCCCUACCUGUGUGGAAUCUUACCGAGAGCGUAUCAGAAUGGGAAAGCGAAUGACCGGCGCUAUCGGCUUCUUGAGACCUAAUAUUGUAUUAUAUGGGGAGAACCACAUGAACUCCGAGGUCAUUUCCCAAGGUUUGACUAACGAUCUCAAGAGCUCUCCUGACUUGUUCAUCAUCAUGGGGACCUCCUUAAAGGUUGACGGAAUCAAGAAACUUGUGCGGUCUGUUGCCAAGGUGAUCCAGAAGCGUAACGAAGCACAAGCGAAACCGUGCAAGGUCAUUUUGAUUAACAAGACGCCCCUCCCUAAUACGUGGGCCAAUAUCAUCGACUACCAGAUUAAUAACGACUGCGACGCGUACAUGCUGUAUUUGCGAAACAGCUUGCCGGACCUCUUCUUGACCCAGCAAGAGCUCGACCUCUUGAAAACGUAUGCGUCCGUCACCAAGAGACCAGCGAUGUUGACCCCUCCAACUACCCCAACUAAAAGACAAAAGUAUUCAGACAUACAUCUCGGUGAAGCCGUCCCUGCAUAGAUAUACCCUAAUGACUAACGACUCUGCUAAAGUUGAUCUCAGUAAAGCCUUUCCCAUGCAUAUGUACGUAGAUAAUUAGCCAAAACUUGAAAGAAGUAAACCUGGAAUGGUUAAUUAUGAUGGAGCUGUCUCUAGCAAAAGAUGAAUCAUUCACAAAUGUAUUUCUC